ACUCGACACCCACUGGUUAUACCAAUGUGAGCUAGCUAGCUGCGUCCUGUGUUGCUGCUCAGUUUGGCCACACGACUUGUGCAUCUAUUUUGGUAUCUUCUGAGCUCGCUAUCAGUACCCUGGCCACACCAGUGCAUUUGAACAUGGAUCUGAGGGCUUGACUCACCUUGCAGGUGAUUCUGCACUGGAUUCUUGGAUUCUACAUUGAGGAUUUGUGUUUGAUACCACAGUCUAGAUUGGAUGGUUACACUCAGCAUGAAAGACCCAUCACCAAGGAGGUUUACAUAUACCACCACUUCCCUAAUGUCCACCUGAGCUGGAAGAAAACCAAAGGAUCUGCAGAGCUGCAGCAGCUGUAGAGGAGGCAAGACAGGUGAUGCACGAGACAGAAAGAAAGUUGUUGACAUCAUGAGCUGUGUGGAAAAGCGACACAUGAGCCAUCGGGUGGGGAGCAUGCUCCACCAUCGCUUCCCCAACGGCUUUACCGACUUGUUCAUGGACGAAACUGAUCGCGAAGUCAGCACUCUCACCGAUCGAGCCUUCCGAAGUCUCUGCGUUGGAGAUGACGCAGUUUACAAUGAUGAGUUCUUGUAUGGAUACUCCCCUUUCAGCUGCCACAAACCUUUGGUGGGGGAGCCUCUUAAAAAAACUCAUCAGAAGGAAUCGAAAAAGCAAGGGCAUAACAAAAAUGACAAAAAUUAUGCCCAGCCAUGGAAACAGCAGCAACAGAAUAUAUCCCACAUGUCAUCUUUCCUCAAGGCAUUAAGUGCAACAGAGGAAAGCUGUGAGGGCAUGUUAAUCAAAAAUGGAGGUAUGACAGACUCUAAGGGGGAAUCAUGGGAUAAGUCUGCACUUCGCAGCAUCCAAAGAGAACUUUCGGAAUUCUCCUCGGAUUAUCACACCAAUCUCACAGAUGGACAUUACAAGAACCAUCAUCGACAUCACUCUGGUGAUGGUUCAUCAAACAAAACAGGCAAAGAUGUUGCCCUUCCCUCAGGGAAAUCCUCAAAGAUCAAAAAUGGGAAAUCCACUGUCAAACUAAGGAAACUUAACAUCAAAAACUUUUUCCUCCACAGUGAGUUUAGCCCUUUCCAAACAUGGAGAGAUUUUAACCAGUUCUCUUUUGGCCAAGAGGACACAGUUCUCCCCACAGAUAAUAUCCCUAAAUGGUACGACUUGCCUUUUUACAAGGAGCUGACAGAGGCACACAGAAAAAAGACUCUGGAUACAGAGGAGGCGCAGUUGUGCCAGAAAGCGAUAGUUCAGCCCCCUCCUCCGACUGCUCCUAAACCCAUCCCUCCUCCUCCUCCUCCGCCAAAGGUCCUGCCAAAGCCCUCAGCUACUCCGGCUGAGAAGAGGUGCUCAUCAGAUGGAGGGGAUGGGAGUGCUGCUCCCUGGCGGCGGAACAGGUCCAGGGCAAAAAGUGUGAUUCCAGUCAAUCAGCCUGGGAUACCACCUCAGGAAAAUAGUUCAAAAACAGUGGAUGAAAGUCUUUUGUUGGUCAAAAAGGAAGCCAGAUCUGUGGAGGUGAAAGAAGUUGAGGAAAUCAGCUCUUUGGCGUCUACUCCAUUCAGCAUCUGCCAGCUGAUGACUCCCCUCAUUCCCUCCAGACAACCAACAGAAACAUCCGAAAUCCUUCAGGCUGUCCUCUCGCCCUAUGCCCUUGACCUUCCACUAAGACCGCACUCUGAAGCCAAACUGAUCCCUGAACCUCCAGUUAAGCGGGACAGCUACAAAUCACUUGCCUCUAGCAUCCUCUUCAACCUCAAAGACAACAGGAAAAGGGUGAAAAGCCGUUACAGCCCGCCUAAAUUCAAAACUUUAGAAGUUCCUGAGGGUGGCACCCUUUCUCCACAAUCAGAUUAUCUGAAACAUCCACAAGCUGGCUCUGAGGGCAGUGCGUCUGGCUUCAGCACUCCUGCCAUUUUAAAAGACGGACAGACUGUUUGCAGUCCUGUUUUGGAAUCUAACAGCACCCCAACUGUUGGUCUUACUAAGCAUGGUACUGACGGACCUCUUUCAGAUGAUUAUUUGUUAUCAAAUCUACUACAAACCAAAAGGGAGGCUACAGGAAACAGUAGUCUUGGUGAGGAGAUCUCCCCCUUUAUACACUCAAAAAAGACCAAGGGUCCCAAGGCUAAAAAGCAAAACUACCCUUCUCUGAAUUUGUACAAGAAAGCCAGCCCUGUUGACAGUGAUAUGAAAUAUCUUCAAGUCCCUCUGAGCACUGGUGCUCCUAUACACAUAGACCAACCAACUGAGACAAAUGAAAUUUCACCACUCAUGCUAAACAAAGAACUCUCUCCAAAAGCACUGCCAACAAACACAGGGCUUUCACCAAAUACUUUAAAUGUCAACAAAGAUCGGUCACCCACAAUUUCACCCCGUGCACUUGAGAAAGAGGGGUUGUCAUCAGAUGUAUCAGUAAGGAAAAGACCACCAAAUGUAGCAGACAAAGCAAAACGACCUGUGAAACACAUAAAAGAAAAAGACUUUGGAGCGCAGCCUGUUAGUUCUAAGGGAAAAGAUACUAGUGGCCAACCCAUGAGUACAAUGGAUGUGGUCAGAGCAGCAAGGGAAGCAAUUAAUGCAGCCAAAAAUAAAGCUCUAUCUGCAGCUCAGUCAGAGAGCAUCAAUAAUCCCAUAUCUGACAUAGAAGAACUAAGGGAGAAAGAAAUAGAUAAGAAGGUUGCCUAUUCAAAAGAAAUGUUUGACAGCAAGAGUUCUGUACCAGACAACAACAAUGUUUCAUCACAAAGUAGAAAUGAAGCAACUGGUGCAACACUGGUUGGCAAAAAAGAUAAUGUCAAGAAAGAGCCCCCACCAGUUCCUAAGAGAAAUUUUGCUAAAUCUGAUAUUCAACUCUCUCUUGACAAGCAGCAAAUGCAUAAUGUUGACAGACUCACUAAUGGUGAUUCGGGGGAUGCGAAACUAGAGCCACCAAAAGAAAAUGAAUCUGUCCAGAAACAGAGUAAACUCAAACAUGUAUUCUCAGCCAGACAGAACAAUUAUAUAAAAUGUCAGAGAUAUGUAGUGACGGACGAUGAACAAGGAGAGGAGUUUGAGGAAGGUGAUCUGAAAGUGAACACAAGAAUGGAGGCCAAUGAGGAGAUUAUGCCACUCAGGGAAAUGAGAGACAGUGAGCAUAUAAUUAAUGAUUUGCAUGCUUUGAAAGAGCUAGAGAGAGCAAGACUUGGCGAUCGUAUUCUCGAGAACGCAAAGAACAAAUUAGGUGUUAUUAACAUAGAUGAGGAGGCGAGGGCUAAGAAUGAUUUGAUAUCAAGGGAGCUAAGGAAUAUUAAGAAGGGUAUGCUGUCUAUGAGAGGGAACACAUCAGCUAAGAGAGAACUAUUUGCAAAUAAAAAGAAGGAGAAGAGCAAGCAGGAGGCUUUCACAAACAUUGACAGUAAUGUCAUAGUGAACAAAGCACUUAUAAAUGACAAUUAUGACAAAGCCAAAAUGGCACUUGAGGAGAUCAUCUCAGAAAGGCAGAUGAGAAAGAAUAAAUUCACAGAGCAGGAUGCAAAUCCAAUAUUUGAUGAGAAUGCUAGUGAUGAAAGUUAUGUAACAAGGGUACAGCAAUGUGAAAAGGCUAUGAAAGAUUCUAUGACAGAGACCAAGGAAAAACAAAAUGGCAGCAUUCUUACACUAAAAGAGAAAGAUUUGAAAGAGAGGUUAGGUGAUCUGAGAGACCACAAUCACUUGAGGCAGAUUCUGUCGCAAACAGAACCUCAACUUGGUGAGACUUACAGAUCAGGUGAAAGGAUAGCGCUACCUAGCAUGGAUAAGACUGGCAAUGAGCUAAACACGCUCCUAAAAACUAAAGCUAAACAUGUUAAUGAUAAACUAACUGAUAAUCUUAGCUAUGAAUCAGAAGAGGUGAAUUUGAGACAUAUUGUGAGACAGAUAUCUGAGGAAAGCGGAGAAAAUCUGAUGAACCAAAAUGAAGGCAAAAUGGGAGAUGCUCCUCCUGUUCCUCCUAGGAGCAAAAAGGGAGGGAAUAGAGGAGAUGGAAGUGUUACUAAGGAGAUAAAUAGUUUGAAAGAUGUAGUAGAAGAGGAUAUCAGGAGUACAGGCUCAGAAAAACAAGAAGCAGAUAGUGGCCUGUCCGUAAAAGAGGUGUCCGGUCAAAGUGAAACCAGUUCUGAUAAAGAGAGGUGGGAUAUGGUACACAAUGCAAAUUUAAAAUAUAUUACUGUAACCGAUGCAGUUAUAUGUGAGUCCCUUUUACCUUUAAAAUACCCACAAUAUGAAAAUCCAUUGUGUUUAUCACCAGAGUUUAGAGGAAAUGAAAAUAAGGCAAAUAACUUGCAAGCAGAUACGAGCCCCACAAGGGAAGUCACAUUUGAAAAUAACAAUGCCAAGGCACAGGAAACGUACAAGGUAAAGCGGAAGGCUCCUUUAAAACCAGACCAUUUAAAAACACCAAAUGACAAUGUAAUUAACAGUUUAGUGGCAGAAGAACCUGACAAAAUAAAUAGAGCUAAUGAGGAAAUAAAUGUGGAUGCAGAGGCUCUAAGUGAAAUCCCCAGGAAUAUAAUUUCACCCUUACUAUUGGUAAACGGUAUUAGCGUCAAUCAGAGCCCACCUGAUCAAGCCAGCUUGUCCUCAAAAUCCUCCUACUUCUCUGUAGAGAGUGCACUGCACAGAAAUACUGAGACUGAGUCAAAUGUUUACCACUCUCUGGAGAACUUGAUUGGAGAGGUGGAAGAGGUUGAUGAGGUGACGUGGAAUAUUUCAGAAAACACAAAACAGGAUUCGGACAGGAUGGAAAUGGAAUAUUAUUCUUUAAGUGAUCAUGAAAACGAGCCAGAAGUUGUAAAGCGACCGUUAAAAUCACCUCAAAAAGAGAGAGAAGUACCAUACAAGGACAGCAAAGAAAGAAAAAAUACCACUACAGAUCAAAGCUUAAUUUAUGAUGAAAAUAAUCAGACACCAAUGUCACCCUCCAACACUUUCUCACCAACUUUGGGGAUCCCUGCCUUAUUUAAGGUCAAAGACAACACUUUCAGUAAUAAGUUGAAAAAGACUGUACAACCCUGGUCACCAAGAAGGAGUCUGAGUGGUUCAGAGAGGGGGGAGGAGGAGUUACAUCACGUAAAGGAAAAUCCAGAGCUCCCUUCAGCUAAUGAACCAGCCACCAGUGGUAGCACACCAAUCCCAGAUGAAAUCUUCAAACCUAAAGAGAUUUCAUCAAACAGUUCCCCUCCCCUGCAGCUGUCUCCUUCAAAUCUGCAAAGUGAAAACCCAGAGAAACCACAAGUUGCAGGGUUCCUCACUGUCCCACAGGAGGAAGACAGAUUUUCUGGGGUGAGUCCAUCAUCUGAAGGCAUGGAGAGCUUAACAACCAGCACAGCUGACACAGCUGAUGAAAUGGGAAUGAACGCUGGAGUGCUGGUAGUGCAUGAAGUGUCAAAGGUUCCCAGUGAACAUUCUGGGUCCACCUGCAGUGGUAAUGAAAGCCAAACAGGGCUGCCCAAACCACCAGCUGUCUUACCCAAAUCUGAAAAGGCUGUCCUCAAAGCCAUUAAGCUGGCAAAUAGAAGGAUGAAGAAGGAGGAGGCCCAGAAGUCCUCCCUCAAGUCGUCUCAAAGCAACAGCAAACACAGAGUGGAUAGACACAAGAGUGACAAAUCUGAGCACAAAAGCAGCAGCAGCAGCAGUAGAAAUAGCAAGAGCAGUGAGAAAAAACACAGAGAAAAGAUUGAAGAUGGUCAUCGUAAAAGUGAAAGUCACCAUGGCAAAAACAGCGAUGACAGGAGUGAGCAACUACUCUAUGAAAGAAGAGGCCACAACAGUGAAAACCACCUUCACGACAGAACAGACAUGAGCCACAAGACUCGGAGACAGAGCCACGAUUCAUUGGAAAGCAAUAACCAGAACAAUGAAACACUACCAAGUAUUGCAACAGAAAGGCAAGGCCGCAGCAGCAACAGACACAUUCGAGAUAAGCCACAGCAAAGACACUACAGUAGUGAUAGGGUCAUCAGUAAUGUACCUGUGUACAAAGCUCAUGUCAGCGAGAGACCCACAUCGGACAGGCCGAUCCAUCGAUCACAAAGCAUUGAUAGGUACUUAGGAGAUAAAGUGGAGCGCAGGCUCAGCGCCGAUAUGUCAGUCACCGAGAAGUUUGAUCCAAGAACCCAGCGCAUUGAGAAAUCCAUUAUGGAUGAGCUUCAGCAGAGAGGCCGAGCCAGAGACAAGGCGAGUCGAGACAACCCAUUGAGAAGGAGUCACAGUAUUGAUGCGUACAGCACCGAAGUACCUCACCCUUCGACCCUGUCCCGUCAGUCAAGCCACACCAGCCAGCUUUCUCGCCAGUCUAGUAUUGAGCACGCCAUUGUUACCCAGUCCUUUCCUAUGACCCAACGUAAGCUCCUCCAGGAUCCAGAAUCCGGGCAGUACUUCUUUGUAGACAUGCCCGUACAAGUCAAAACGAAAACUUUCUUUGAUCCUCAAACAGGAAGUUAUGUGCAGUUGCCAGUCCAGCCGCCAGAGGGUGCUGUUCCUCAGGCAUCCCCCUUGGAGGUUUUGACCCCACCUCUGGUUGUUUACCACAGCUUCGUCCCGGUGCCUCUGUCUCCCAUGGCUCAGAAAGCUACCAUCCAAGCCCCUCAUAUGGCGCCAGAGGAGUUUGAGCAGAGACACCUGGAAAGGUCGGGGCAAACGCAUUGUGAGGAGAGGCAUCCAUAUUUAGAGCCUGUCUAUGGUAAACACGACCACAUGUUAGGGGAGUUUCUAGGCACUGAGGAGCUGGACUGUCCGAGCUGAUAGGCCUUGAGGUUUGAAAUGAAAAAUCCCCCCUCUGCUUAUGCUGUUUUGUUUCAUCAAAUUGUGGUGUUCAUUGCAUUCCAGGGAUUAUUUUGUGAUCAAGUGUUGUAAGUUGUUUUGGUGCUCCCACCUUCGCAGACUUGCUGCGUAGUCUACUUUUACUCUAGUCAGUGAUUUCCUACAUUUGCCAAGGAUUUUAAGCAAGCAACAUUUCAUUGAUGAAUUCUCCGUGUUGGACUGCUGAAUGCUGGUAUAAGAUGGCAACUCUAGAAAGAAGCCCUUGAACAUCUGCUGUUUAACACCAUUGUAGCUGCGAUGGCGAUAUUUCAAAGUGAUGUUUGGCCUGUUAUAUACAGAAAAAGAAAAAUACACCAUAAGCAACAAAAUUGAUCCAAAAAUGCAAAGUACAUCGCCAAUACCCGUUUAAUUUUGAACAGUGUUUCAGGGUGGAUUUUUCCUUCAAGGUUAAGUGUCUGAUCCUUGUAUUGCUUUACUUGCCCUAACUUACAUGAGACACAGAAGCUGUGUAGGCUUUGCAAAGCUUCCGAGGCCUCGAGCUGUUUUGUAAAGAGGAUUGAGUUUGACUUGAGUGUAAACUAACAGGAGAUAUUGAAUUUGUUAAUGAAUGAUAGUUGUCGUCGAAUGCUGUUGUUUGAAUGUGGGUUAAUGGAUUUGUGUAAGAUAAUGUGCAAUUUUUGAGAAAAAUAAGUGGCAUGGACGAUCCAUGUACAUAAUGUAUUUAAGUGUAAACAGAGAGGGUAAGCUUGAAUGUAAAUGUGGAAUAUUUAUUGUAAAUGCUGAGAGUUUGUGAUAUACAACUACAGUGAUAUUGGGGUCUCCACUACUUUUCAGGUAUUGAGGCUUUUUGUUUUAUUACCUGCAAAGUUUGUUGCCUUUCUUUUUUCACCAGACAGUUUGCAGUCAUUUAAGUUAUCAUUAGAGAUACUUGAAACAAUACAACAAACAAACAGAAUUCAUUCAAAAUUGUUUUGUAUGUUAUUGAUUUCAGCUGAUCAUGUCCACACAAAUACAUUUUUAAAACAUUUUGCAUGCUAAAGUUGAAAUUGCAGUUACACCUGUUGAACGUGUUUGACACAACACAAAUUUCAUUUAUACUGUCUAAAAGCUUCAAAGCUUGAAAUGUUUUUUAAUAUGCAGAGGACAUGAAGGAGAAUUGGUUUUGCAAGUUUGUUGCAUUGGAUUUUUUCUAAACUAGAAUAAAGCAGGGCUGUAUUGUGUCUGUGAUCCAUUCCAAUAAAAAACAACUGUUGUAACAGA